AUGGUGGUGGAGGGGGACAGGACGCUGCUUGCUGCAAGGCAAGGGGACGUGCAAACCCUGAAAGUGCAAUUUGCGGCAAAGGCGCUAACCAGCGAUGUGAAGGAUGUGCUAGGAGCCACGCCAGUCCACCACGCAGCCCGGGCAGGGAAACUUACCUGUCUGCGCUUCCUGGUGGAGGAGGCAGGACUGUCGGGUAACUGCCUGGCCAACAACGGGGCGAGCCCGGCGCACGACGCAGCAGCCACUGGCAACUUGGCCUGUUUACAGUGGCUGCUGACCCAGGGUGGCUGUCGGCCAGAGGAGAGGGACAGUUCAGGUGCCACCGUUCUCCACCUUGCAUCCCGCUUUAGUCACCAUGAGAUCACUGAAUGGUUGCUGAAGAGUGUGGAGGUGGACCCUGGGGCCACCACAGAUGCAGGCGCACUACCCCUUCACUAUGCAGCUGCCAAGGGAGACCUGCCCUCGCUCCGACUGUUACUGGGGCACAGCCCAAACGUUGUCAACUCCCAAACUAAGAAUGGUGCCACACCGCUCUACCUGGCCUGCCAAGAGGGUCAUCUGGAGGUUGUCCAAUUAUUGGCCAGGGAUUACGGGUCAGAUCCGAGCAUCAGAGCCAAUGAUGGGAUGACACCUCUGCAUGCUGCAGCCCAGAUGGGCCAUAACACUGUCAUCGUCUGGCUGAUGAGUUUCACAGAGAUUAGCUUGACAGACCGAGAUAGUGAUGGGGCCACGGCCAUGCACUUUGCAGCCAGUCGUGGUCAUUCAAAGGUACUCAGCUGGCUGCUGCUGCACGGUGGCGAGAUCGUCACUGACAACUGGGGGGGGACGCCCCUUCACGACGCCGCAGAGAAUGGUGAACUAGAGUGCUGUCAGAUCCUAGUGGUCAAUGGUGUGGAUCUGGGUAUCAGGGACCAGGACGGCUUCACAGCAGCAGACCUGGCUGAAUACAACGGCCAUUCCCAGUGUGCCAAGUAUCUGCGCACUGUGGAGAACAUGAGUGUGGAACAUCGUGUUUUGUCUCGGGACCCCUCAACAGACCUUGAGUACAAGCAGCCGGACUCAGGCCUCUCAUCCCCAAACACCACCAUGCCCCCUGCUAGCCAGGCAGCACACUUUGACAUUGGUUCACCAUCCAGCUCGCUGUCCAACUAUGACUCAGCCAACUCCACACAUAAUCAGAAUGGGGGCUGAAACAAGCCCUGCUGUGCAUCAGAGUCAGCCAUAUCAGACAUACAGGCAUACAUGGACAUGCUCAACCCAGACAUUGGCUCUAACAUUCCUAAGAAGGAUGAAACACCUACUGAUCCUCCCACCAAGCUCCCGCCACCACCAACCUAUCCACCACCGCCUCCCCCCCAGGCUCCCCCGAUGCCUCCUCCAGCCCCGACCUACCCAGCACCACAGCCCCCUCAUGAGCCAUCAUCAGUUGAGUUUCUGAAAGUGAAAAGCAACUUGCGCCAUGUGGACAGCAGCACCAACAAUAAGCAGCUUACUCCUGAAGAAGACCACGACAAAUUGCGGCGUGUGGAUUCAAACAGGAAGUCGAGGAGCUUUAGUAAGCAGCCCAGCACUGGGGACUACUAUAAGAACCUGGGCAGCGACACGGUUGAGCCCCGCGGGAGCAGAGGCAUGGUCGCCAAUGAGGAGGGCUCCGUAUUACUGGAGGAGCCUACAGACAGCUCCGCCCCCAGCACUGAGAAUGGCACUUCAGAGGAAACAGUCCAGCCACCACUUCCUCCACCUCCACCCCCUCUUCCCCAAAGCAACCCAACGCCAACACCCCCUCCACCUCCUCCGUUGCCCCCAGAGAUGCCAACCCACAAUCACUAUACCAGUAACACCUACACUAACCAGCGUCGCCCAUCUUCCUCAUCAGGAAGCACGAAAUCUUUCAACAUGAUGUCCCCCACUGGCGACAACUCAGAGCUGCUGGCAGAGAUCAAAGCAGGGAAGAGCCUCAAGCCCACACCCCACAGUAAAGGCUAUACCACUGUCUAUUCCAACAGCGGACCAACAGGCAACAAUGGAAACACCUCACCUCCACCAGAGACUCGCACUUGUAUCCCAUCAGCCAAGCCACCAUCUCCUCCACCGUCCAAUACGUCUGUCACCUCCCCACCCACAACCCCGAGUCCCAGCCCCAGCCCAACUGGCUGUGGAUCUGCCAGGACCAUGUCAUCCUCUGCGAGCUACGAGCAACUGCCCUCAAACUCUGUGAUCAAUGGGAAUAGCGGUGGUGGCACAGCAGAAGCAGACCCAGGGCGGAAGACGAGCCUCACAGAUGUGGAGGCACUUGUACCCACUCAUGACGAGCAGGGAAAAGCUAUCCCUGAAUGGAAGAGGCAGGUGAUGGUGCGAAAGCUUCAGGUCAAGAUGCAAGAGGAGGAUGAGUACAAACGCAAGGCUGAGGAGGAGGCAGCACGCCUGGCAUCAAUGCCGGCCUGGAGGAGAGACAUGAUGAAGAAAAAAAUGGACGAAGAGAGGGACCAGAAAAGAAAAGCAGAUGAGGAGGCCAAGAAGGUGAAGGAGAAGGAGGAGAAGACGGAGCUGGAGCGACUACGAACCAUGGGUUACGACGAGAGCAAGCUGGCCCCCUGGCAACGACAGAUCAUCCUGAAGAAAGGGGAUAUAGCCAAACAGUGAACUUCGCCGUCUCAACCCAACAUGCCCUGCAGCACUCCUUACCCUCACCCCCCCACCCCCAAGGCCUUCACUAUACACAUCCCCUCUGCCUGAUCCUCAACUCUUCUCUGUAAACUGGAUGGUGGGGACAAGAUUGUCUUCUCUGAACCCUGUCUCUCCCUUCGGCCUCCAGAAACACAGGACCACGUUACAGUUACUUCUGUCCACACAGGCUUUGAGGUGUAGCCUGGAUGAAGCACAGCAGCGUGACCCUUCACCUCCCACUGAACGUAUCAUGGACAUAAACUCUUGGUCUUUUAGCGUUGCAAUAGCUGUGAUAUGCACUGAUUGUCCUCAC